AGACGAAAUGGUAGAAAAAUAAAAAAAGGAAAAAAAUUAUCCCAUCAGGACAUCACCAACUUUACCGAACCACCCAUUUUCUCUCUUCUUCACACUCUCUCUCUCUACGCGAUAUGCGCUCGCCGCUCACUCUUUCUAUCUAACCAGAGCGAUCUACACACUUUCUAUCUAACCAGGGUGAUCUAAACUCUUUCUCUUGCCGAGCGAUCUGCACUUUCUCUCUCUAACCAGAUGAUUCUCUCUCCAUCUCAGUGAAAAAGGGCGAUUUGCUCCUCUUAUUUACACGUACAAACCUAGAACAACCGCUAAAGAUGUCAGAGCUUCCGGCGGAAGUAACCGCCGACGUACUAUCAAGGUUACCGGUGAAAUCCCUUCUGAGGUUUAGGUGCGUAUCCAGACCAUGGUGUGCCCUGAUCGACAGCAAACAUUUCAUCAAAUCGCAUCUGAAUCGAUCCAUCGAAGCCAGCAGCACCAAUCUCAGCAUCAUACUUGUAUAUGGUAAUGAUAUCUACUCUAUGGACUUCGACUCGUUCGAUCGUGCUAUAAAGCUUAAUCACCCCUUGGAGUCCACACACAAUUUGAAAGUAUUGGGCUCUUGUAAUGGCUUGCUCUGUCUGUCUGAAACUGAGGAUGAACACAUUGUGCUGUGGAACCCUUGGACCCGGAAGCACCAGAAGAUACCGGUUUCACCCAUCGAGUUUCCGGGUAAGUUACCGGUAGGACCCAUCGGGUUCCCGCGUAAGUUACCAUAUUUAUCACCAUUUGCACCACCAGCACCACGUAUAUUUGGCACUUGCGAGUUUAUUGUUUAUGGGUUUGGGUAUGAUUGUGUGAGUGACGACUACAAGUUGGUGAGGAUGGUACAGUUUUUUGGCUAUAGUGUUAAUUCGUUCUAUUCUGAAGUUAAGGUUUACAGUCUGAAAGCGAAUUCGUGGCGAAGGAUUCAAGGCUUCCCUUAUUACCUCCGACACCACGGAGUGAAUGGUGUGCUUGUUAGUGGGGCUUUGCACUGGGUUGUGAGUCCAAGAGCCAAAUCGAACUCGGCCGAUAUGAUUGCUGCUUUUGAUCUUGGGGUUGAGAAAUAUAGGUUGUUGCCAGGGUCUGAUCGUAUGACGGUGUAUAAUGAUUAUCAUAUGAAUGUGAGGGUGUUAGGAGGAUGCCUUUGUUUAAUUUGCCAUUAUGAUGGGGAGGUUGAUAUAUGGGUGAUGAAAGAGUAUGGAGUAAAGGAAUCUUGGACUAAAUUGUUCUCUGUUGAGCUGCGAAGUGUAUUUAGGUGUUCUGUUUCUGUGAGGCCUCUAGUAUAUUCAAAGAGUGGUGGGGAAGUGCUCCUGGCCCAUGACAAUAUCAAGCUUCUUUGGUUCGAUUUGAAAAGGAAAACUUUCAAGAAUGCUUGGAUUCAUGGUGUGCCAAGUUCAUUUGAGGCUGAAAUUUGUUUGGGAAGUCUAGUUCCGCUCCCCAGUGAUGGUGGAUGUGAUGGGAAGAAGCAGCAAGCACAAAAGAAGAAGGAUAGAAAGGAAAGAGAUGACUUCCUGUCAAAGGGGUUCAAGCUGGCGCUUUAAGCAACUGGAAGAAGAAACUAAUUUGGAGCGAGAAGGUGGAAAGUGUACAUUUACCAAUGGAAAAAGCUAUGACAAGGACACUCUCAUUCCCAUUCAUUGGAUCAAGUUUGCUUUGAUGCCAUGAGCUGGUUCCAAUCGAGUUUGCUUUGAUGCCACAUGCGUGUUCCAAUGGAUGUGAGUGUGACUUGUGAGUUCAUGGCAAGAGCGCCAUCAUUAUAGAUUUCUCUUUACCAUUAGGCGACGAAAGCUGGUGCUUUAAGCAACUGGAAGAGGAAAGGAGUGAGAAGGUGCAGUUGUAGGGUAAUAUAUUUUGGUAGCAUCUUUCACAUCAAUACUUUGUUGAGUAGGUCUCUGUCUUUUGCUUUAACUUGAUUAUACGGCCGAGUUUAACUUUAAUGGUAUUCCAUCCGAUAGAUGACGUGAUAAUCCUAGAAACAGGAGAUGGGAUUGAUAAUCAAAGGAGAAGAUCCGUUUUAUACUUUGUCUGCUCUUUCAUGUUGCUCGACGAAAAUUUGUGUCCAUCUCCGGGAGUCAAGAUUGAUGCUGAACCGAUGGGGCAGUAAUAGGGCAUUUUAGAAUGUUUGGGGAUGGAAGGAAGGAAAGAAGAUCAAAGAUUUUGUCUCACAAUAUGUGGUCAUACUGUUUGUGUUGAAACAGUUUUCUUAUAGUUAAAACAUCUCAUCGUUUUAGGUACCGCGGUUUUGAGAGAUUUCACUUCAAAUGCUUGCUUGCAUAAGCUUGAUAAUUUUUUGUGAGUUUAAUUUUCACUGAUGAAUAUGAAUUUAAAUGAGGUGUAAAGCAGUGUGCAUUCAAGUUUAUCAUUACUUUGUAUCUCAUAAAUUUGUUUUUGCUGGGUUUUAUGGUAGGGGAAAUGUGAAUGGUCUUUUGUGGAAUGGUGAACUCUCCAUGGUGAGUAUUUGUUUACCUAAGAAUGAUUAUAAAUUCAUAAAUUUGUAUUGA